AUGCACAGACUCUCGACCAAUGCAAAAUCUCUUCCUCAAAAUGUUACAAUAUCAGAAUCUCUCAGGUCACCCUCAAGAGAUCAAGCCGUUUCACCUAUUUCGCUGCCUGAACAGCUCUUACUUGACAAUGCUUCGUCAGGAAGUCCAUCAAUUGAUUCGGCAUUGAACUCAUCUUCUGGCCAGUUGUCGUAUGACAUUCCCUCCGAAAUUGGUCUUUUAUCUUGGGAGCAAAUCGAUGCCAAUUUCGUCAACUUUCAACCAGGUCUCGCACAUGAUUUUCUGGGUGACUUGGGGCCACAGGAGGAAACUCGGCCACAUGAAGGCGUGGCCCCCGAAGUCUUACUCGAUAACGACGACACCGACAGCACUCCUCAAUUUGUUGGUACCACGGGAGAAUUCGAGCCCUGUUUGUUUGGGCACUAUCUCAGAGAUGUUUCUGGUCGCUUGCCCUUCAAAAAGCUCACCUUGCAAUCUGUUCACCUCGGUCGCCUACCUGCUCAUUUUAUGCUUACUUCACAGUCUCUGUAUUCACAGAGCCGUGAGGAAGCUGGUUUAGCAACAAAAAUUGAAGCAAAUAAAUCCAGAGAAGAAUUAGAAUUACUUGUUCCUGUAGAUAUUGGGGAGCGGUUGAUUCGUCUCUACGAACGCUUCAUAGCUCCACAGUAUCCCAUCUUUUCAACUCAAUCGCGUCCUUCGCCCAAAUCAUCACCCACAUAUCUACUAGCAGCCAUUUACGCUAUUGCACUACCAUUUAUGCAAUUUGAUGAUGUAUUAACGUUAGACUUAGCUUAUGAUCCAUUGCCAACUUCGACUUUAUUGCAGAUCUCUCUCAAGGCUUUGGAGUUUGAGAUAUAUGGCCCGACUCUUCCUGUUGUUCAAGCUUUCAUAUUACUCCUGGCGCGGCCUACUCCUCAUCAUCUCAUCUCUGAUUCAUCUUUCAGGUGCAAAUUAUUAGGCACCCUUAUCUCAGCGGCUCAUACACUUGGAUUGCACAUGGACCCUGUUGAGUGGUCUAUUCCCCGCUGGCAGGCGACGCAGCGACGAAGGAUCUCUUUCAUAAUCUUCAAGAUUGAUACGUGGAUGGCUUCCAGUUUAGGAAGACCUCCCCUUUUAAGUGAAGAAAACUGGCUGGUCACCUCUAUGUCUGCUAAGGAUGGAUACGGAGCUUGCAUUGACGAGGCGGAUUGGAGAGACUUCAUCCAGCAUGCCCAGCUCGUAUCUACUCUACGCAGGGUGCUCUCUGAACUCCAGUAUGUCUUUAUUGUGUCCAAAAGCUCUUCUUGA